UCACAGUAAGCACUUGUAAAAACAGGAAGAGAUAUUAACAGUAGACUAGGUAAAAGCAUCACAAAGGUUUGAAAAUGGGUUUCUGAACUUUAAAAGAUGCUGCCUGCAGUCUUGAUUGGCCCUGAUACAAAGGCAGUUUAAUGAUUUCCACCCCCAGACUUUGACACUUCCUGAUUUCUGAAACAACAGUCAGAUGUGACUAAAGUCACCCCAGCUGUCAUUUCCAAAUAAAUUCUAGCCUGCCAGUGAAGCUAAGCUUGCAUGUCUGCUGACACCUGCUUUAAAGCAAUUUUUUUUGUAUGCAAAGAACAUAUUGCAAUCUGAAAUAUUUUUCUUCUGUUUAUUGUUUUUGCAGAAAGAGCAAACACAAGUAAACCUCUGACAUUUUAGGCAAGCUCAUCACAGAAGUAAUUAAAAUAUUUAGUUUACGUGUUCCAGAAAAGUUGUUAAUCAGGAAGAAAUGGCAAAGACCAAGACCAAGGGGCUGAUCACUCACUCUUUUAAAGUGGUGAAGCGAGGCAAAAGGAGCAGAAGUAAGAAAACAAAAGACCAGGAUGCCAAAAAGAAAGCAGUCAUCUGUGGCUUUGCUAACAAGAAUGACAAAAAACAAGAAUGGAAAAAAUCACAUUUAUCCUCUGGCAGCAAAGUUCGUAGCCUGAAAACUGAAAAUGGGCUAGUAACAGUGUCACAGGAAGAGCUGGAUCUGGACAUGUUGAAGCAGUUUGAUCUGACAUGGGAGUAUGGCCCUUGCAUAGGUAUCACUCGGUUACAGCGCUGGGAGAGAGCAAGGCUGCUGGGACUAGACCCUCCUGUUAAGGUGAAAGAGACUGUUCUUAAGCGCAAAGAGGACCCGAUCUAUCUUAAUAGCCUUUGGUAUGAAUACCCCUUGUGAGAAGUCAAACACUGAAAUGAAGCAGAAAGAAGAAAUAAGCAUCUCAUUUUAGAAUGUACUUGCACUAGAGAAUGAACCAAAGAAUGAAACUAAGAAGUUAUUUGUUUUGUUUUAGGGGAUGUAUGGUAAAUAUUAUCUUUCAGAGUUUGUGAAACACCUUUAAAUGCUGUUUGAGAAAUGUUUACCUAGGACUAACUUAGAAAUGUACGUUUUGAAGCCAGCUCUGUACCAGUGACUUUACAGUACUGGUAGAAAAGUACUCCUCAUAUCACCUCAAAAUAUAGCUUCUUCUGUGUACUGUGAUACUGGCAGCUUAAUUCAUACAGUAAUAGCAGGGUGGAGCAAUCUUAAAUACUCCGGUUUGCUGUACUAGAAGUUAAGUAAAGUGCAUAAACUUCACAUUUUAAUUUUU